GGUUGGACUUGCCAGACAGUUCCAAGCAGAUUCUCUUCCCCAAGGCAGUCAAUCACGGCUGACUGGAUAACUGACUGCCGGAUUGAUGAACAGAAAUUCACUGAGAUGACUUAGGGAGGGGCAUCAAGGACAAUGGUGCAGAAAAAGAAAAUCUGCCCUCGGUUACUCGACUAUCUUGUGAUCAUUGGAGCCAGGCAGCCAAGUAGUGAUAGUGUUGCUCAGACUCCUGAACUGCUGCGACGUUACCCUCUGGAAGACCAUGUGGACUUUCCUCUACCGCCUGAUGUUGUAUUCUUCUGCCAGCCAGAAGGAUGCCUGAGCGUGCGGCAAAAACGCAUGAGCUUCCGUGACGACACUUCUUUUGUCUUCACGCUCACAGACAAGGAUACAGGUGUCAUUCGCUAUGGAAUCUGUGUCAACUUCUACCGCUCCUUCCAGAAGCGAGUACCCAAGGAGAAGGGAGAAGGCACAGGGGGGCAUCGAGCUCGGGAGGGACAGAAAAUCCCCAAAUCUGGCGAUGCAUCUGCGCCCCAAGAGGAAGUGGGCACUGAGAGUUCGGAGAGUGGUUCUUCACUGCAGGCUCCAAGUACAGAGUCUACCCCAGAUGUGAAUCGAUCACCGCGCAGUAAGCGUCUGGCCAAAGGCAGCCAUCGCUCUCGGAACAGCACUCUGACUUCUCUGUGCAUCCUUAGUCAUUAUCCCUUCUUUUCCACCUUUCGUGAGUGUCUGUACACCCUCAAGAGACUUGUGGACUGCUGUAGUGAGAGAUUGUUGGGCAAGAAGUUGGGGAUUCCUCGUGGGGUGCAGAGGGAUACAAUGUGGCGGAUUUUCACAGGCUCCCUCCUGGUGGAAGAAAAGUCUAGCGCGUUGCUACAUGACUUGCGGGAGAUUGAGGCUUGGAUAUACCGGCUGCUCCGGUCACCGAUGCCUGUUGCUGGUCAGAAGCGGGUGGAUGUGGAAGUCUUGCCACAUGAGUUGCAGCCAGCUUUGACCUUUGCUCUUCCGGAUCCGUCCCGCUUCACCUUGGUGGAUUUUCCAUUACAUCUGCCUUUGGAGUUGUUGGGAGUGGAUGCCUGCCUGCAGGUGCUGACCUGCAUCCUUCUGGAGCACAAGGUUGUAUUGCAGUCCCGAGAUUAUAAUGCGCUCUCAAUGUCUGUGAUGGCCUUUGUGGCUAUGAUCUACCCGUUAGAGUACAUGUUCCCAGUGAUCCCUCUGCUUCCCACCUGCAUGGCCUCUGCAGAACAGUUGCUUCUAGCCCCUACACCUUACAUCAUUGGUGUUCCAGCAAGUUUCUUCCUUUACAAACUGGAUUUUAAAAUGCCUGAUGAUGUAUGGCUUAUUGACCUGGAUACCAAUAGGGUGAUCGUUCCCACAAAUGCAGAAUCUUUGCCAACACUGCCAGAACCAGAAGCUUCAGAGCUGAAAAAGCAUCUGAAACAGGCACUGGCCAGCAUGAGUCUGAAUACUCAGCCCAUUCUUAAUCUAGAGAAGUUCCACGAAGGGCAGGAGGUGCCACUGCUGCUGGGAAGACCGCAGAAUGAUUUGCAGUCUACUCCCUCCACCGAAUUCAACCCUCUGAUCUAUGGCAAUGAUGUGGACUCUGUGGAUGUGGCUACCAGGGUUGCUAUGGUGAGAUUCUUCAACUCACCAAAUGUUUUGCAAGGUUUCCAGAUGCAUACUCGCACUCUUCGACUCUUCCCACGACCAGUGGUGGCCUUCCAGGCAAAUUCUUUUCUUGCGUCUAGGCCGAAGCAAACGCCUUUCGCAGAUAAGCUUUCCAGGACACAGGCAGUAGAAUACUUUGGAGAAUGGUCACUCAACCCUACUAAUUAUGCUUUCCAAAGAAUUCAUAACAACAUGUUUGACCCAGCACUGAUUGGUGACAAACCGAAGUGGUACGCUCACCAGCUGCAGCCCAUCCACUAUCGAGUCUAUGACAGUAAUUCACAGCUGGCUGAAGCACUGAAUGUCACAGUAGAGAAAGAAACAGACUCUGAUCUCACCGAUGACAGUGGCAGUGACAGUGUCGACUAUGACGACUCAAGUUCCUCCUACUCCUCCCUUGGUGACUUUGUCAGUGAGAUGAUGAAAUGUGACAUUAAUGGCGAUACCCCAAAUGUUGACCCCCUGACUCACGCAGCCCUUGGUGAUGCUAGUGAAGUGGAAUUUGAUGAUUUUCAAGAAUAUACAGGGGAUCUGGAUGAACAGGCCGUGGACAGUGAAAACUCCCAAGAGAACAACCAGCCUCGUUCAAGUUCCAGUACUACAGCCAGUAGCAGCCCCAGCACUGUCAUCCAUGGAGUGAAUCAUGAGUCAGCAGAUUCAGCAGAAAUGGAAGAGAAGUUGGUUGCUGGAUUUUCAAACCAUCUCCCUUCCUUGCCACUGCAACCAAGCUUUCCCAAGAUAAGCUUGGAUCGUCGUGAGAACGACAGCGCAGCUGGCGGCAUGAGCUCCUCAGAAGGGGUGGUGAGGAAGCGAGAGUAUGACAAUCCGUACUUCGAACCACAGUAUGGUUUUCCUACGGAGGAUGAAGAUGAUGAGCAGGAAGAGAGCUACACCCCAAGAUUUAACCAGAAUCUCAAUGGAAGCAGGUCUCAGAAGUUACUCCGUCCAAACAGUUUAAAACUGGCCAAUGAUUCAGAUGCAGAUUCAGAUUCCAGGGCCAGCUCCCCGAACUCUACUGUCUCCAACAACAGCAGUGAAGGUUUUGGGGGCAUCAUGUCUUUUGCAAGCAGCCUGUACAGAAACCACAGCACAAGUUUCAGUCUGUCCAACUUAGCCCUACCAACCAAAGUUGGGAGAGACAAGAAUACUCCCUUUCCCAGCCUGAAAGUAUUUGGGUUAAAUACUAUAAUGGAGAUUAUUACUGAAGCUGGCCCAGUAAGCAAUGAAGGAAACAGACGAGCCCUUGUGGAUCAAAAGUCUUCAGUCAUUAAGCACAGCCCAACAGUGAAAAGAGAGUCUCCAUCACCUCAGGGACGAGCUAGCAAUUCCAGUGAGAACCAGCAGUUCCUGAAGGAGGUGGUACACAACGUUCUUGAUGGGCAAGGUGUUGGUUGGCUGAACAUGAAGAGAGUCCGACGUCUGCUGGAGAGUGAGCAGCUCCGUGUCUUUGUACUAAGCAAGCUGAAUCGCACAAUCCAGUCAGAAGAAGAUGCUCAACAGGAUGUCAUACAGGAUGUGGAGAUCAGCCGCAAGGUUUAUAAAGGCAUGCUGGACUUGCUGAAGUGCACCGUGUUGAGCCUGGAACAGUCAUAUGCAAACGCUGGCCUGGGAGGUAUGGCCAGUGUUUUUGGCCUGCUAGAGAUAGCACAUACUCACUAUUACAAUAAAGAACCAGAAAAGAGAAAACGAAGCCCAACGGAUGGAUCUAUCACUCCAGUUGGCAGGGAUCCUGCAUCAUCCCCAAGAGUGGAGCCAAAACCUGCGACGCAGCUGACGGUACCUCAGCUGAUGCCAAAGGCACCGAGCCCUGCAGGCAAAGGGCCAAGGGAGUUUGACACAAGGAGUCUAAAGGAAGAAAAUUUUAUUGCUUCCAUUGAAUUGUGGAACAAGCACCAGGAAGUGAAAAAGCAAAAAUCUUUGGAAAAAACGAGGCCAGAAGGUGUGAAACACUUUGAUUUGGGAGAAACGGAUGAGAAAAAAUCCCAAAUCAGUGCAGACAGUGGCCUCAGUUUGGCCUCAGGUUCUCAGAAGAGUGAUUUUGACUCUGUUCCCAGCGGAGGACCAGCAGUUAUGGUCCGAAGUACAAGCCAGGAUUCUGAAGUUAGCACAGUGGUUAGUAACAGUUCCGGAGAGACGUUAGGAGCAGACAGUGACUUGAGUAGCAAUGCUGGUGAUGGCCCGAGUGUGGAAAAUGGUGGCAAUUUGACAGGAUCCAGAGGCACUGUGUCAGACAGUGAAAUUGAGACAAACUCUGCUACUAGCACUAUCUUUGCGAAGUCUCACAACCUGAAGCAGAGUGUGAAGGAUAGCAAAGGCAGUACUCCAGGGAGAGGUCCAGAGGAUGGGAACCAACGUGUCUAUCUCUAUGAAGGACUUUUGGGUAGGGAUAAAGGAUCUGUCUGGGACCAGUUAGAGGAUGCUGCAAUGGAAACCUUCUCUAUGAGCAAAGAGCGUUCAACUUUGUGGGACCAGAUGCAGUUCUGGGAAGAUGCUUUUUUGGAUGCUGUGAUGUUAGAGAGAGAAGGAAUGGGGAUGGACCAGGGACCUCAGGAGAUGAUUGACAGGUAUCUUUCCCUGGGAGAACAUGAUCGAAAGCGUUUGGAGGAUGAUGAGGACCGCUUGUUGGCUACACUGCUGCAUAAUAUGAUUGCUUAUAUGCUUAUGAUAAAGGUAAAUAAGAAUGAUAUUAGGAAAAAGGUGCGUCGUCUAAUGGGAAAAUCGCAUAUUGGAUUGGUGCACAGCCAGCAAAUAAAUGAUAUUCUAGACAAACUUGCCAAUCUGAAUGGACGGGAACUCCCUGUAAGACCCAGCGGCAGCCGUCACAUCAAGAAGCAGACUUUUGUAGUACAUGCUGGGACAGACACAACAGGAGACAUAUUUUUCAUGGAGGUAUGUGAUGAUUGCAUUGUGCUGAGAAGCAACAUUGGAACUGUAUAUGAACGUUGGUGGUAUGAGAAACUCAUCAACAUGACUUACUGUCCCAAAACAAAAGUGCUGUGUCUCUGGCGGAGGAAUGGUCAGGAGACACAACUGAACAAGUUUUACACAAAGAAGUGUCGGGAAUUAUACUACUGUGUAAAAGACAGUAUGGAGCGAGCAGCAGCAAGACAGCAAAGCAUUAAACCAGGCCCUGAGUUGGGUGGUGAGUUCCCUGUGCAGGAUAUGAAAACCGGUGAAGGAGGUCUUCUUCAGGUCACACUGGAAGGAAUUAACCUGAAAUUUAUGCACAGUCAGGAGCGGAAGGUUUUCAUAGAGCUGAAUCACAUUAAAAAGUGCAAUACUGUGCGAGGAGUCUUUGUCCUGGAGGAAUUUGUUCCUGAAACUAAAGAAGUGGUGAGCCACAAGUACAAGACGCCAAUGGCUCAUGAGAUCUGCUACUCCGUGCUGUGUCUCUUCUCUUAUGUGGCUGCCAUUCGUGGAAAAGAGGCAGAAAACAAAAGCAAACCACCUCGACCAGUUUCCAGUUGAUCACGAUAUUGGGAAAUACCUACCCUUUGGCACGUUGAUGUGCAGUACUCCGUUUUUACUGCAGUUACCGGAGCUCACUUUACUGUCUUCUAUGAGAACUCGAUUAUUCAUGUAUGACCCUGCAAGUCUUUCCCCAUAGAAAAACCUAAGACUUUACUGCUCAGUCUCCUUCUGAAUUCAUCCUUAAUGGAGUUUUUAUAUAAGCUGUUAAUCAGACAGUUUUGAGCAUCAGCAUCCAGCUGUGAGUGACCUACUCUGGCCAUUUGUUUGGAAUUUCUUUUUUCUUAAGAUGAGUAACAGCUUGAGUUUGGUUGGUUUUUUGUUUCUAGCGGUACUUGUUACAGAUCAAUCACUUUGCAACUGCAGGCUUCUGCUUUCAGAUUUUCUGGUAUGUGCACAGUGGAAGCAGUCUGGUCCUGCAUGUUGUUUAAAUGUAGCGUUUUUAUUGUUUUCCUUCUGUGUUGUUCAUUUUUACCCACGAACAUGGAGUUCUUGUCACAUAGUUCUUCAGACCCUUUUAGUAGAGAUGAACAAUUUAGCUACCAUAGUCUUAAAAUAUCAUGUGACAAUUGAAGUUUGGCUAUUAAAUUGGUCCAUCUAAGUGGAGAGAGGAACUUUGAAGGCAGUAUAUUGUGAAAAACCCUGACACCUCAUGGAUUGUGUGGAUUUUC